AUGCAUUUAUGUCAUAUGCUCCGUUAUUGUUUGGGUUUUAAUACACUUUUGCCUCUUAUUAUAGAUAAAGAUUUCAAAUUUCUGUGUUUAUUUGAUUCAUCGUUAUUUCAGUUGAAGUCGAGCAGCGCUAACGACGAGGAUAAUAUCGUAAGAAAAACACGAUGGAUUUGUCGAUUAUGUGGUAAAUCAUUGUCGUCGAAGCGUUCUUAUGAUGAACAUACAAAUAUCCACAAUAAGUCGAGGCCAUUCCAAUGUGAACAUUGCAAUUAUGCUGCUGCGAGUCAAAUGACGUUAAGGCGUCAUAUUUUGCGUAAUCAUACUCCUCGACAAGCUUGGGGGUAUCAGUGCCCCCAUUGUCCUGAGUUGUAUAUGGAACCAGCCAGUUAUCAACAACAUGUGGCGUACGUUAUCUUAGUAUCUUUUUCCACUAUUCUUUCGCGUCACUAUGGUAAAUCAGCAACAUUUGGAUGUCCAUCUGAGAACUGUAUAUUCAAAACAAGAUGUUUUAGUCAUUUUCGCGAACAUAUUAUGAAACAUCGUGAUCUGUUUCAUCCAAACAUGGAUAUUACUCGAGUUAAUGCCAAUUGUUUCUUGGUUGAUGAUAAACUUGGUGUUGGUUAUCAGGGAAAUUUCACUUUUCGAAAUCCUUAUACAAUUAUUAAACACGGUUUAAAAUUCAAAAAAUUACUGAAAUUUAAUGGGGAACGUUGUAAAUUCCGCAAGGUACCUCAUCCAGAAAAGAUGGCUUCAUCUUCUCUUCAUGACCGUUCAAAAAUGUAUGCAGAGCGGUUUAGAGAAUCUGUUUGGAAAAAUGUUAGAUAUUGCGAAGAGGAAGAAGCAACUCCCAUUACCGAUGUUGAUUGCUUAGAAGUUACAGUUGACGACUCAGAAAGUUCAUGUAAUGAUUUUUAUGAAGGAAUGGUAGAGCCUGAGUUGGAUUAA